GCGUUACCGGACUCUGCUCUACAACCCCGACAAAGCAGCCACCAUCAUUGCUGCUUGCGCAGCUCUUCACAACAUUGCGAUGGCGGCACGUGAGCCUGUUCCUGAAGGGGACGAUGACGACACCGACGACGAUGACGACUCUGAGGUGCCACCAGCAGCUGAUGAGCCACCGCCGCCACAAGAACAAGGUCCAGCACCACGGCUGUUGCAUCUCAAGGGCCAGCAGCAGCGCAGCCGCGUGGUCAACCUGUUCCGUGGACCGCGGACCCCACAUGCUGCGCACCUGCGUAGGGUACGCAGCCGCCUGCAACGACCUCGGCAGCGUUGCGUGGUGGCUGCCGUUGGAGCGCCGCAGUGAGGGCCCGGACGAGGGCACCGAUGCCCUGCAGCUCGCCCACGACGUCAUCAAGACUCCGAGCCUGACGUUCAGCGGCUGCUCGAUGACGCCUGGCCUCAUCAGCGAGCUGCUGCAGUGCCUCGCCCUGCCGCCUGGCGUUGUCAGCGAGCAGCUCCAGCGCCGCGGCCUGCCGAUCGCCAACAUCGCGCAGCUGUGCCAGGAGCUGGAAACCAAGAAAUGUGUUGCCAUUAUCAUCCGUGCAUUUCUCGCUAUGGACUCUUCGCAGGAAGCUUCUGUUCGUGAAGAGUCUCAGUGUGCACAACAAUUUCCUCUUUGUUGA